UUGUAUGCUGUGGGGGAAGAAAACAACGCGCCCUAAAUACUUUCUGCUAGGUUGCAGAGACUAGUUGCGUGAAUCCGUCAUGCUCCGUAUCGGGCUUACACGAGCUGUCCCGCGUUUCUCCCGUAUCUCUGUGUGCAGGUUUUCCGCUGCAGCAAUUCCUGCACCGAACAGUCAGCCCGAGGUUCACUACAAUAAGCUCUUCAUCAACAAUGAGUGGCAUGAUGCAGUGAGUAAGAAAACCUUUCCAACCAUCAAUCCUGCCACUGGUGAAGUCAUCUGCCAGGUUGCAGAAGGUGAUAAGGUAGAUGUAGAUAAAGCAGUGAAGGCUGCGAAGGAUGCAUUCAGACUCGGCUCUCCAUGGCGGCGCAUGGAUUCCUCUCAACGUGGACGACUCCUAUACUGCCUGGCUGAUUGCAUCGAGAGGGACUCUGCCUACCUGGCAGAGCUGGAAACUCUGGACAAUGGCAAACCAUACGCUGUGGCCUAUACUGUUGAUUUGCCCAUGGUGGUAAAAUGUUUGAGGUAUUAUGCUGGCUGGGCUGAUAAAUGGGAGGGCAAGACCAUUCCAAUUGAUGGUGAUUAUUUCUGCUAUACCAGGCAUGAGCCUGUUGGAGUGUGUGGCCAGAUUAUUCCUUGGAAUUUCCCAUUGCUGAUGCAGGCAUGGAAACUGGGACCUGCUCUGGCUACAGGUAACACCAUAGUGAUGAAGGUGGCAGAGCAGACACCUCUCACUGCGCUCUACGUGGCCAGUCUGAUCAAAGAGGUGGGCUUCCCUCCUGGUGUUGUGAACAUCAUCCCUGGAAUGGGCCCUACAGCUGGGGCAGCCAUUGCUUCCCACAAUGAUGUGGAUAAAAUUGCCUUCACUGGUUCCACUGAGGUAGGUCAUCUAAUUCAGCAAGCCUCUGGCACCAGCAACCUAAAGAAAGUAACUCUGGAACUGGGAGGAAAGAGUCCCAACAUUAUUUUAUCUGAUGCCAACAUGGAGCAAGCAGUGGACCAGGCCCACUUGGCCAUCUUCUUCAACCAGGGCCAGUGCUGUUGUGCAGGUUCACGCACCUAUGUGCAGGAAAGCAUCUACAAGGAGUUUGUUGAGCUCAGUGUUGAAAAAGCAAAAAAAAGAGUGGUGGGAAAUCCUUUUAACCUUCAAACUGAACAAGGACCACAGAUUGAUGAUGAGCAGUACCAGAAGAUUCUGGGCUACAUAAGCAGUGGGAAACGCGAGGGAGCAAAGAUCAUGUGUGGAGGUGAUGUGGCAGCAGACCGCGGUUACUUUAUCCAGCCUACCAUCUUCACAGAUGUUCAGGAUGGCAUGACAAUUGCUCGUGAAGAGAUCUUUGGUCCAGUUAUGCAAAUUCUGAAGUUUAAGAGUGUGGAAGAGGUGAUUGAGAGAGCCAAUGACACAAAGUAUGGAUUGGCAGCUGCUGUCUUCACGACAGAUAUCAACAAGGCGCAGUACAUCUCCAACAGUCUUCGUGCUGGCACUGUCUGGAUUAACUGCUACAAUGUGUUUGGAGUUCAGGCUCCGUUUGGCGGCUACAAGGCCUCAGGGACUGGACGUGAAUUGGGAGAGUAUGGGCUGGAAAAUUACACUGAAGUCAAAACCGUAACAAUUCAAAUUCCUCAGAAAAAUUCAUAAGUGGUUUUGACCAUUUUAUUGAAGCAACCAGUGACCCGAUGCAAAAAAUGGGCAGACAAGUACAAGGCUCAUUGUUUUGAGAAAUUCUGUGAUGUAAUAAGCUGUUUCAAGGAGCCUUAUUUCCUCAGAAUCUUGUUCAGAAGCACUUAAAAUACCAGCAUUAUCACACCUAUUGUACUUAUGGAAUUUUGAUCCAUUGUUGCUUUUGGUCCAUUUAGACAGUGACUCAGAAACUUGUUUUUAGGCAAGCAUUAGAAUGGUGCAAUGCCCCUAACCCAAUUUUUCUGGAAUAAAUGCUUCAAAGUUU